GUCAGGAAAAAGACUCCGGAGAGCUGCAGACAGGAGAUGGGGUAUGGCAUUUCUAUUUCCCCCAGCCCAUUGAUUUGUGUAUGAAAACAUAGCGCUUUUAUUCUCCCCCUUCUGGGCUCUGCUUCUGAGUGAUCAGCUGAUGAAGAGACUAGCAGCUCGCCGCUAUGCUGGCUUGCUAAUUCUCUCCCCCACAGCUGCAGCCGAUCCCGAUAUCCAGCCUGCAGAUUGCAGUCAGCCUGAGGCCGGAGAGAACGGUUCCCUGGAGGAGAUGGAAGAGGACAUCAGUCUGAAGAAGCGUAAAAGUGAUCAUCAUGCCGAGAAAGAGCUGCAGGCCGGCCAGGAGACUGGCGAAAAGGUCAAAAGGAAGCGAGGACGCCCGCCCGCUGAGAAACUGCCUCCAAACCCACCUGAGCUCACCAGAAAACUGAGCACGCUGGUAGAUAUGGUUAUCAACUACAAGGACGGGUUGGGUCGACAGAUCAGCAAAGGCUUUGUGCAGCUUCCCUCUAAGAAGGAGGUACCGGAGUACUACGAGCUGAUCCGAAAGCCUGUCGACUUCAGAAGGAUCAAGGAACGUGUGCGUAAUCACAAGUACAGAAGUGUUGGGGAUUUGGAGAAAGAUAUCUUCCUCCUCUGUCACAAUGCUCAGACCUAUAACCUGGAGGGAUCUCAGAUCUAUGAGGAUUCAAUUGUCAUUAAGUCUGUUUUCGAGAGCGCAAGACAGCGAAUUGUCACAGACGAGGAACAGAAAGAGACGGUUGGCGCCAGUCACAGCGAUAAUGGAGGCGGAGCUGAAGACCAAUUUGUUCCAUCAGCAGUGAAACCAUUACCAGUCCAGCUAAAAAAGGGGAAUAAGGAGGGAAGAAGCAGACAUACCAUGGCCAAGAGGCUCAACAGUGAUUUAGACAGUGAUGAGGAUCUAGAGGACAACACCACAAAAGAUGAAGGUCUUGGAUCAUGAUACGUAACUCUCUCCUGAAGCUGGCUCCUCCAGAGAAGCACCCGCAGAUGACAAUGUUGACGUGUUCUUGACAAUUGAAGCAUACGGGAAGGCGUUUUUAAAAAGGUGGAGAACAAACGAGCACUGUCUCUGAAAUCUCUGAAUGUGAUUUUUAGAGAUGAUACAUCUUUGAUAAACACCAUAGUGGAAGACAUGACAAAAUACUAGUAAUUAUACUUUUGUGUCUGUUUUUCUGAUUCUUGAAGGAAUAAGUUUGGGUCUAAUCAAGGGUACGCCAGUUGAACAUUUGUAUCCCUUGUGCUUCAGUAU